AUGGGUGGAUCUCAAUAUUACCAAGACACGGUGUCCUCCAUCAAAGCUUAUCAGCGUCGAGCCAAAGCGAAGGAAAAUUGGACAGAACCGACCGACCUCCCGAAUACAGUGAUCUCCUUCGCCGAGGAGGAAACAGCAGGAAUCGAUAUACCACACAACGAUCCAUUGGUGAUCGAAUUCACGAUCAGGGAUCACGAUGUAGCGAGGGUGAUCAUCGAUACUGGGAGCUCGGUAGACGUCAUUUUCAGGGAAACGCUCAGAAAGAUGGGAAUCGAUCUCUCCGAGGUGACGGCGAUCCCCAAACCUAUAACCGGAUUUUCAAGAGAAACAACGAUGACUAUGGGAACAAUUAGGCUCCCUGUGGUAGCUGGCGGAGUCACUAGGAUCGUCGAAUUCUGCGUCACCGAUCACCCAGCAAUCUACAAUGUGAUUAUGGGAACUCCAUGGAUCAACGCGAUGAGGGCGGUCCCUUCCACCUAUCACCUCUGCCUCAGAUUCCCGACUGCAGCAGGCAUCAAAACGAUCUGGGGAAAUCAGAAGGAGUCGCGAAUGUGCUGCCUAGCGGAGCACAAGCUGAAGAACCCUAUCGCGGAGAGCCACGAAACGCGCGCCGAGUCGGUAUGUGAUGCAGUGGACUCGGUGUGCAUAGAUGAAGCGCGUCCAGAACGAUGCGUCGAAAUUGGAGCAAAACUAGAAGAGCCUCUGCGAAGCAAACUUCUUUCCCUCCUCAAAGAGAACAUCAACACUUUUGCCUGGACAGCGGAAGAUAUACCGGGCAUAAGCAUCGACGUGACCUGCCACGAGCUGAACGUGGACCCAACCUUCAAACCUAUCAAGCAAAAAAGAAGGAAACUCGGACCCGAACGAGCCAAAGCGGUUAACGACAAAGUGGAGAGAUUGCUCAAAGUAGGAUCAAUCGCCGAUGCCAAAUAUCCAGACUGUCUUGCGAAUCCAGUGGUUGUGAAGAAGAAGAACGGAAAGUGGCGGCUUUCCUCUACGCACAUCGACCGGCUCGUCGAAGCCACUGCGGGAAAUAGGCUGUUAACAUUUAUGGACGCGUUCUCCGGCUACAACCAAAUCCUGAUGCAUCCUGAUGAUCGGGAAAAGACGGCAUUUAUAACUGAUCGUGGGAUAUACUGCUACAAAGUCGUGCCGUUCGGACUCAAGAACGCAGGGGCAACAUAUCAACGGCUCGUGAAGAGAAGGAUCAUAUCGCGCACCUACAAGAAUGCUUCGAGCAGUUGA